AUGCCCCUGUUAAAAUGGCACAACCCAUGGCCUGGUGGUAUCCCCUCCUUCAUUCGCCGACACGAGAAACCGGUCGAAGAUGUGGAAUCUGCCACUCGGGCAUGGAGGUGUUUUGUUCGUGAGGAGUGGGUCGACGCCGAGGAUACCGCCGCAGAGACGAGCCCUAAUCGAACAGUGAGCAACAGCGGACCAGUAAUUCCGCGAUAUAACAAAGGGGACAUUGUGGAAAAAUUCAAGUUUCUUCAGAGUGUUGUCCGACCAGACUUUUUGGAUAUGCACAUGGCGCUGGACGGAACGGUACUUUUCGCAGACCGCGCGCCCAACUGA